GGCAGCAUGGUAAAUUCGACCACCAUAAACAAAAGAUAAUUUGUUUAUUUUGGGUAGUUAAACCAACCAAAUGAAUCGCCCCAGUGACUGGGACGAUCCCCAAGGACCCUGCAGAUACUGUGAGUUGGCGGUGGAGGAUGACAACUACCUGGAGUGCCAGCAAUGCCGCCGAAUGGUCCACAUCAAGUGCUUGCCACAUGCGUGCACGCCCGGGGAUCUUUUGGGCGACGUUUUCUUCGAAUUCACGUGCGUCAAGUGCGUGGUGGACAAGCUGCAGGGAUCGGCUGUGCCCAUGUCCCUGGAACCCAUAAAGGAAGUGUGCAUACGCCAAAGGAUUCCUUGGCUAUUGGUGCUCACUCUAACCCUGUACAAUCUGUCCAUCAAACAGAAGGGUUUGGGCCACCACGGAUUUUUUCACUGGCGCACCCACAUCAUCAGCUUUGUGGACAAGAACUGGAACUACAUAUUUGGGACCCAUGUACGCCGCCGUAAGCAGUGGACUGGCUCCGUAUCCGGAGCUCUAUCGCACAACAGUCCUGAGUACUUUCAGUCGGGAUUGGAUGUCUUCCAGGAGCACGGCUGGUGGAAGCUGGCCAAGCCGUUUCAAACACCCAGAAGCGUCCUUAGAGAAUACGAGAAAAAGCAACUGCAGCGGCAGCAAUUGCGCAUUGAAAAGCGUUUGCCCGCCGCAGACGAGACCAGCUGCAGCAGCGAGAUUUCAGUUGCCGAUCACAGCCAGGACAACAAUCAGCCCUCCGGAGUAGUAGCUGAGACAAGCAAUGCUGCAGAGGGCUGUGCCCGUACCAUUCCAUAUAUGGGUCGGCAGCCAAAAGUGCAGGCACAACCUUUACCCUUGCCGCAAGAAACGCUGCCAACGCCACCAGCUCCUCUUGAAAGUAUAAUUCCAACCAGUCAGGAAGAGGAGGAGGAACCUCACCAUCAGCCUAUGAGCAUGGUUCAGGCAAGCCUAAUGGAUUUCCUGGCUGAGAGUUUAGGAGGCGAUGAUCUUAGCAUGUUUGGUAGCUUACCAGGCAUAAUGCCACCUCCACUGAUUGGAGCGGGCAAAAGUGAUUUUUUUAUCGCCGAACCAUUGCUUCAGGCGCCUUCGAAUAGUGCAGAUAGUGGAGGUCUGUACGAUAUGGAUACCAAUUUCGAUAUUCCAACUGCCACGAAAGAAAUCAAGGGGACUAAAGAGAUCAAAGAAGAGGCCAAAGACGAAACCCAAACCAAUUCAAACGAAGAAACCACCAUCGAAAGUAGUGAGGAGCAAAGAGAAGUCGAGGAGGAUGAAAAUAUGGAGGAGGAAGAAACCAUGGACUAUCAGCCACGCAUACUGCAGGUUACAAAUUAUCAGGCGCAAGAGCCAAGUGAAACCAUCAAGGAAGAGCUACUGGAAGAGGAGACUCAGGAUGAAAAUGACAGCAUAGAAGCUAAUUCCCCUUUCUUAGAGCCUUGCCAACCAAGUGGAUUUGUACGCCAACCCCGUAGAAAUUGGCCCUGGUUGCAGGAGGCGCAGGAUUCCGAUGACCUCGCCAUUCCCAGCGAGAAUCUCCAACUGAUGAGUGUUUACGAGGAGCAGAAGUUAUAUCAACGUCUUCAUCGAAUUUUCUCUUUGGAGCAGCAAUGCCAAAUAUCCAUACCUGCCUAUGUUAGGCGCUUGUAUCGAAAACUCUCCCUACGCAAAUGGAAAAGGGACCACAAUCGCCCUAUAUUCAACCUCGAUGAGCACAUAGAUCCCUUGGGAAGGGCUCGCUUGAAGAUGCUGGGUCAUCAGCAGGCUCAAAUAUUAGAUAGAUAUCAACUAUUGGCCCACUCGCGACAGGAUGCAAGGAGCUCUUUUCAUGCUCGUCUGGCAGGAUGCACUCAGUACGAGCUCUUUGAGUCGCCCUACUCUCAGAGAAUUCUCCACCCUUUUAUUUUCCGGAGCGAAACGAUGUCUCCUCCCUGGCUGAAACUCAUGUGCGAGCUGCAGCAUCGAGUAAAUCGAUCGCAUCCCACGAGAUCCACUAUUGACUUUUGCUUUGUGAGACCGCAGCAUAUUCCAGCGGUGAAUGCAUUGCUACAGAGUUCGUUCUGGCCCAAUAUUGAUGUGAGUGAGUGCCUUAGCUAUCCGGACUACAGUGUAGUCGCUCUGUACAAAAAGCUAGUUAUCGGCUGUGGAUUCCUGGUGCCCGAUGUGGGAUAUAAUGAGGCCUACAUUUCCUUCAUGGCCGUGCGUCCAAAUUGGCAGCGAAGUGGCAUCGCCAGCUUCAUGCUCUACCAUCUCAUCCAGACGUGCAUGUCCAAAGACAUCACGUUGCAUGUUUCCGCCAACAAUUCCGCUGUGAUGCUGUACCAGAAGUUUGGAUUCAAAAUGGAGGAAAUUAUCCUGGACUUCUAUGAUAAGUACAUGCCACUGGACUCGAAGCAGAGCAGAAAUGCAUUCUUUUUGAGAUUACAAAGAUAAGACGA